UCGCUGGGUUUUCACUAUUCAAUUUGAAGAGACACACCCCUUGUAUUUUCCAAAACAGCCAAAUUUUCAAUUUUGUGCAGUUUAAUGUGUAUUGGGUGCAUACAAAUACUCUUGUUAUGGGAAGGCAAAGGGUGUGACACAACUCAUGACGACGGCAGGAGUCGAGAAAUCGAGAGAGAGCAGAGAAGCACAGAGAGAGGGAGCCAUGGCUUCUCCGUCGGACCCUGAAAACUCCUCAGCGAACAUCUACAUACCGGAUGAGUGGGUGAAUGCUGUAGACUCCGUCGCCAACGAUUCAACCCCUUCGCCUCCUCCAAUUGCUUUGGUCUGUGGCCCCAAAAACUCGGGCAAAACCACCUUCUCUCGCUACCUCCUCAACGUCCUUCUCAGCAGAUACAGGAAAGUAGCGUAUUUGGACACAGAUGUUGGCCAAUCUGAGUUUACUACUCCUGGUUUUCUGUCACUCACUGUGGUUGAUGCAUUAACACCAGAUCUGGCAGUCCCAUGCAUGAAGAGACCAGAGAGAUGCUUUUUCUUUGGGGAUACUUCGUCUAAGAGGGAUCCAACACAAUACUUGAAGUGUAUAUUUGCUCUGUACGAUUACUAUCAAAAGGAGUACUGCAUGUGCGACAAGCGCGAAUCUCCUGGGAGGACUGAGUUGCCGCUUGUCGUGAAUACAACUGGUUGGGUAAAAGGUGUUGGUUAUGAUCUAUUGGUCGAGAUAUUGAAUUAUAUUGGUCCGACUCAUGUAGUGAAAAUAAAAAUAUCUGCAGAGAGUAAGAACCUACCAGCUGGGACAUUCUGGUUAGGUGAUAAUACUGAGGGAGAGGUUAAGCUUAUUGAAAUCAAUUCAGCUCGUCAGGACUCUUUCAACAGAUCGGUACUGGUUCAAAAGGAUGCACACCUUUUGCGUGAUCUACGAAUAAUGGCUUAUUUUAGGCAGUCCCUUCCAUGUAACUCGAAUAUCACCACAAUCAAGGAACUUGCAAAUGCACUUGCGGCUCACCCUCCUUAUGAAGUUCCGAUAUCAAGUGUCAAGAUUAGACAUCUGUAUUGUACGGUCCCGAGUUCUGAAGUUUUAUACAGUCUGAAUGCAACAAUUGUUGGGCUGGCAGUUAGUUCUCAAGGGUCGGAAAGUAUGCCUUGGUGCAUUGGGCUUGGGAUUGUCAGAGGAGUCGACACAUUGAAAGGCUUGCUAUAUGUGCUUACACCUGUUCCAUCGAGUAUUUUGAAAAAUGUGGAUCUUCUCUUGCAAGGGUUUAUUCAGAUCCCUACUUGUCUGUUACAGGUGCAAGGAUGCACAUCGCCUUACAUGUCUGCAAAUGUCUUGCCUGGAAGCUAGAUGAUGAGCUAUUUAUUGGGUUUCAAUAAUCUUUAUCCCAAGAGAUGAGCAUUGAGAUUAUAGGGUAGUUGCUACUUUGUUUAGAUAUAAUUCACAAACAGUGCAAGUGAAUGUUUAUUUACACUUCCAGAAUAUAAAAUGUGUUUUGCUUAAACUAGAGAAUUACCCCUUGCCUAGAAGGUUCUCUCUUA